GCAUGAUGCACGAAUAUCUAGAUUGCAUGUCAGAUGCAUAGUCAGAUGUAUGUAAUAUGUCGGAUGACAACGCAUAAUGUGGACCUUACAUUAGAGGCUUCUCCCUGUCAAUUCACAAAAUGCGUUACCAGACUCCAUAGUGCGACGUACUUAUGUCGUUCUUUGAAAUGACUCUGUGUAUUUGUUUUUGUCUGAACAUUGUAUAAAUAUUAUGUAUGAAUACUAUAAUAUGUAAGCGUGAAAUAUCUGAUUAUAUUCUCAACAGUAUUAUUUUGAAACUUGAGUAUAUUUUUAGUUAGGAAACAAUAUAUAUUUUUAAUUACAUGUUAGAAAUAUGACUGGACUAUUUGCGUUUUGCAUAAUCUUUCUAAUUCUGUACUGUUUUUUCACCUGGGUGAUACCAAGGCUGUUAGCAUGGCUAGUGAAACGUCGUUACAAGAUUCACUUGCGUGUAGGCCAUAUCUCACUACCAUAUUUUAUUUUACGUGAUGUUAAUGUAACUAAAAAUGGAUUCACAUUGCAAGUUGAAGAGGUGAGUGUACGCAGCAGCUUGUUCAGUAGCGAUGUAGCAAAACUAUUGGCUGUUGUCAUGAGGGAUGUCAGAAUAAAUAAGGAUGUCCCAGUUGAUUCAGCAUGCAAGAUAGAACAGUCCAAUGAACUGUUAGAUUUUAGGAAUAAAAAGAUACCUUCAAUAAUUAUAACAUUUGUACAGUUUAUGGCAGUACACGUAGAGAACAUAAGUCUACUUGCUCUUGGCAAUGGCUGGUUGGCAAAUGGAAGUGCGGAAAGUUUAAGUUUAGAUGGUAGCAUUGUACAUGGUGCACGCACACUCUUAGCAUCAGCUUCCAUUGUCGGCGGUGCUAUGAAACUAUUGCAACACGCUUCUGACGCGUGUUUAUCACAAAUAACAUUUGCUGGAACAAUAGAAGCCACAUUUAAAGCUCAGGGAGAACUUUCAGUUGAGACACUGUAUAUCGGAGUAACGCAAACCGAAGGAUCCGGCGGUACAGGCCUCAUCCAAUUUUUACGAGAUAGAAGAACAUUAAGUACCACAGAUGCAUGCAGCAAUGUACAUAACAGUCCCUCCAAUGACUUAAUAGCUAGAUUGGCACCUAUUUUACCCAAGGAUUUUACAUUGAGAAUCGGUAAUUCAUUAAUAAUCGCUGGCAGGGAGGAUAGCAGCAUGGUUGGUUUGGAGGGUACUUUAAGAAGUCUUCAAGUUCAUGCGAAGUUUCAAGCUGAUAGAACACAAUUAAAUUUUUCUGUAAGCUUAGACGGUCUGUGCAUACGCGGAAAGCUGCCAAUUUUAACUUUACAUUCCCUUUCAAUCGAUACAAAGAUGGAGGACAAUGUUUUAUUCGUCGCUGUACAACUGAACAAUCUUUCGAUAAUAUAUGAUCAUAAAGAUUGGGAAUCGCUGCUGUAUACUAAUGAAAAUGACAUUUCAAAACCUGUUAGCGAUAUAUCACUCAGAGAUAAACUACCAAAUUUUGAAGUUACGUUGACUACGGAGCUGUAUGAUUCUUCGUUAAAUAUAAAAUUGCCAGAUGUACAAGAAGCUUCUUGCGGUGUCACACACAUGAAGUUUUCGUUGAAUUCAUCCACAAACAAAACCGAGAACCUAAAUACAGAGCUAGUCGUCGAAUCUCUAUAUUGUGCUUUAAAUGGUACCAAUGGCAACAUUUCUGAGACCUCUCAUCAAUGGGGCACUCCACUUUCUGUCGGAGUAUUGCUAGCGACAACUCGUACCAACGCUAUAGGAAUCGCAGUUGACGCUCUUAUCACAGAAUGGAGUUUGGAGCUUGCAAAAUUUCUGGAACAAGCUUACAAAUGCUACAAAAAGUGUCAGCAGCCUGUGAUACGAAAGAAAGAUACAAUAUCGCGCAAUUCUAUACAAUUAAAUCUUAAAGUGACGAACUGUAAUUUAUUCUUUAUCGCAGAAAACGAAUUGUCCAUUAUGAUGCGUUUGGAUAUAGCAACUUUAGAACAAACCACAAAACGAUUUGUGGGCAUGGUGGAAGGCAUGAGCGCGAUAACUCUUAACAAGAAUGAGCCGAUUAUGUGUCAGCACGCGCAGACUCUAACUCAUCCGUUUCUAGCAAUACGAAAGUGCAAAGCUUCGAUUAAUUCUGACAUUGUGAACAUCAGUCUCGAAGGCACAAAUUUAGCAUGGAGUCCUAAUUUACAUCUUCGUUUAUUGCAAUUCUGGGUGGAGUCCGAAGAUUUCAGAUCUAUCAUCACGAAAGAGAUGAGUGCAACACGUAUUGAAGAAGUACACAAAAAGAAACGCAUCCUGGACUUGCUAGCUACAGGCGGAAUUACCGUCUCUAUAGACAUUUCUACCAAACAUUUUUUGAUAUUGACGUCCGAUCAACUGCGCUGGUCGCAGGGCGAAUGGAGACUCAAUUACGUUCGAGUCACUCUGGAUAUGGCUGAUGUAAUCAUGAUUGAGGGCUUUGAAUUGAUCCAGGUAGCCGAUAACGCGGAAGUGCGGGUGGAGAGGCAGAGCAACGAGGGUUUCGUGCUGGAUUGGAACGAGUGCUGGGCGCUGAAUAUUGAUUCCAUCAAAAUCUGUUUUCCGUACGAGCAUCAAUUUACAAACGCGAUACAGAAUGAGCUGUUUAGCAUCAGGAAGUGGCUGAAGGAGAUUCACUCGUCGAACGCGCGUAAAGAAGAAACACUGCCCUGCGAUUUGAUUAUCAAGAUCAAAGAAUGGACGCUCGAGCUCAGUGACGAUCCGUUCGAGGUGCGUCUGCGCGACAAUUAUGAAUUGUUGGAGGACGAGUAUAAGGAGAGCUUGAAGCGACAGGCGAUGCUGGACGCGAAAGUGCAGGAGCUCUGUCGUGCGCACUUACUGCUUCCGCAGGGGAAGGUCGAGGAACUGUAUGCCAGUUUGAAUAAGAAGAAUGCGGAGAUCUACGUACAGAGAUGGAAGCAGAUGCAACGGGCCGGUCCCGCGAGAACACGGCUGUUCGCGUGGACCAUGCUGGAUCUGGAAAUAUUAGCCCUAGCCGACCCGUCCGUAAACGGCACGGAGAAGGCGACGAGAGCUCUCAGAGAGAUGGACUCGGAAACACCUUGGCCUGAGGAUGGUCUGGAAUUCAGCACGUUGUGGGUCCGCGGAAUCAGCCUGAAGUGCGCCGAGUGGAAGCUGCAACUUCGCGACUUCCCGCAGCCGCUGCUUUUGGUAGAGAGCUUGAACGUAUGGGGCAGACUGGCCGGGGCGGAGGCCCUGGCGCCGCUCAGAGCGAAGAGGACCGUCCGAAUCGAAAUCGGCGCUCCGUGGGAGGAUAUCGUUGUGGAGAGAGGUAUGACAUCCUUGAAGUACUAUCACGAUCUUAAUUGGGACAUCGACAAGUUUAGAUACGCGUUCGGGCCGUGCUGGGAGCCGGUGAUAGCGCAGUGCAACCUCAGUUUCGAGAAGAUCCUCCAUCCGUCGAGAGACCCGAGUCCGCCGUUGCCGUUCUGGGACAGAAUGCGACUGGCUCUUCACGGCAGAGUAACGCUCUGCGUGAAGCAGCUGACGGUGUUGCUGCACGGCUCUCUGGAUCCGUACAACACGACGGAGGAGAUGGAGCUCACGUGGACCGGGCUGGAGCUCGACUGGACGCAGGGGAAGAUCAUCAUCAAAGGCGACCUUGACGUGUACGUGCGCACGGCUAGCAAAUACGAUGACUGCCGAUUGCUGCAUCUACCCAACGUUAGAUUGAGCGUCAAACUGGCGUGGGUGUGUCUGGGCGAUCCGCGUGAUCAUCAUACUGCUAUUCCCUGCGCCCCGGAUCGAUUGCCGGAGUAUUCCAGUAAUCAAGAGCACGAUUCGUUCCGAGCUUUCCGCUCGCAAAAUGUCAACGUCAGCCUCGCGCUGGAGACCAAGCCGACCGGCUCGCCUACGCUGGCUAGCGCGCCCACGGCGCUGCUUUACGGCAGUACGUUGAGAUGGUUCGAGAAUCUCAAGCUAAUACUGUCGGGAGCGACGAGACCUACGAGAAAGGGCCCGUUGUUCAAGAAUAUCCGACCCAGGAAGAAACAGUUGAGCAGACACUACCGGAAGGUACGGCUGACUCUGGCCUUCCAUCGUUUCCACGUCAACUACUGGAUGUCGUUCGCCAUGCAGCGGGGCUUCGAGGUGACCGGCGGUCGUGUAGCCUGCAGCUCGGAGCACAAUCUGGCCUUGCAUCCGAUCGACGACGGGCUGAUUCAUCGACCGCGAGCGGAAUGGUCCAUCGUGUAUAUGAAUUGCGAGCUGAGCGACGCGGAGAUCUGGUUGAAGAGCGCGCUGCAGGAGGACGAGAUGGAGAGCGCGUCGUUACGCCAGCCGGUCGAGAAGUGUUACUGCUUGAGCGUGGCGCGCGUUAGCUACGGCAGAGAGGCGAUGGUCGCCGGCGUGAGCGGCGACACGCCGAUCCAUCGGCUGGUCGUGCACGAUCUGCGAGGCGCUUGGACGAAGACCAAUCGCGACGUUGCAUUUGCGCUCUUCGACUCCUUCAUCAAGACCCAGCAGCUCAAGAAGAACCUGUCGACCGCGGCGCUUAAGGGCUUUCAUCGUGACAACAGCUCGACGCCGCACAAGAAUCGCACGACCGCCAGACCGUCCGUCGGCGAUCAACAGAACACACCCACCCAGGUGACACCGUCGUCGUCCGCUGUGGUGAAGCCGCAGCAAGGUGAAGCGGCGGGGAUGCUGCAGAGGUUGAUAGCAGAGGCCACGAAUAAACCCGUAGCCUUCAGCGACGAUCUGUCGGUGCAGACUAGAGGGCAACAGUUGCGUGGUCUAGCAGCGUGCCAUCAGGACGACGUCUUGCACAAGAACUGGCUAAUCGCUUUGGUAAACAGCCAAGUGCUGUUGAAGGGCAUCGAAACGCGCGGCUACGUGAUCCUUUCGGCAGCCAAGGCGGAGAUACUGCAAAGGGUACAUCAUCCAGUUUGGAAAGAACGCUCUCUCGUUCCGAAAACUACCUGGGUCGGCUCGUUGGAGACCAUGCAGUACUACGCUACCGUGAGCGCGAACAUCGAUGACAAUAUCGAUGAUAAUAUCAUGUGGCUGACAUUGGAUAAUAUACAGGAGAAAGAUUCUACCAUCAUAGCCGGUUUGCCGGACGUCCCGGCUUUGGUAGGAUCCGGCCAGAGCGUCGGCGGAGUGGUCAGUCAAACGGUGGGGGGCGGUGGCGGUCCUCAGCAUCAAUUGCAGCGCAUAGUGUCCCGGUGCAAGUGCGAGUUCUACGUCGGUUACGGUCAGACCUUGGACGUCGGUUGCUUAAACCAAGUGCCGCCACCGCUGAGAGAGGAGGUCAGUCCGUGGGAAAGGAAAGACUUAACCGCAGCCGACGCGUUCACAUUGAUGCAUCACGAUCUGGAUGUGUGCACCAACUCGUUGCAGUACGCAAUGAUAUUAGACAUAGUCAACAAUUUGCUGCUGUACGUGGAGCCGAGACGGAAGGAAGCCUCGGAGAGGUUGCAGCGGAUGAGAUUCCAGUUGCAGCUGCACUCCGUCGACGACCAGAAGAGGCCGAUACAGCAAUUGCAGAACACAGUGCGCGGCUUGGUGGCAAAAUUGCGGCGAUUGGAGCGCGAGACGUAUUUGGUGCAGAAAGCGCUGGCCGACGAAUCGAGUCCGGAAUUACUAACGGAGAUGGAGCGUUUGGAGGCGGGCGUUUUCGAGUGCAAGGAACAGCUCAGCGCCAGAGCGGAGGAGCUGGACGUCAUGCUGAGUUGCUACAAGGAAACCACCGCGCCGGCCGCCGCGUCGACCACGUUGAAGGACAAACCGGCCGCGGUGGCCAGAGUGGCGGAGAUUUGCUUCAAACAUGCACAAUGGAGGCUGACGGAUGCGGACGGUCAGCUGGGUAUCGCGGAUCUUAUUCUAACUAAUUUUCUUUACACAAAAACGAGCAAGACCGACGACUCGGUGGAGCAUCUGCUGGAGCUGGGAUACGUUCGAAUGACAAAUUUAUUGCCGAAUCAAAUUUAUACAGAAGUAUUAGUGCCCACGGAGCUGCAGAGUAAUAUGCCUGUUGAUCGGCAGAGAGCUCUUCGAGUCUUCUGCAGGGAAAAGGCACCGGUGGCGGGGAUAUCUGUGAAGGAACACUUUGAGAUCAAUGUAGUUCCUCUUACGAUAGGUCUGACGAAAAAGUUUUUUAACACUAUGCUCAAGUUCUGUUUCCCUGAAAGGGAUCCGGAAGGCAUAGAGGAAGCGCCAGCACCGCAACGUGAUUCAUCUUUUUACGUACCCAUCGAAAGGAGAGAUGAUGUGGAAAAAAUGAAGGAAAGAGCGGACAAGAACAAAUUGUUUAUAUAUAUUAAGAUACCGGAAGUACCCGUUCGCGUGUCUUACAAGGGAAACAAGGAAAAGAAUCUUGAGGAUGUACGCGACUUUGCGCUAGUCAUACCGACCUUAGAGUAUCACAAUGUCACAUGGACGUGGCUCGAUCUGCUUUUAGCUAUGAAAAGUGAUUCCAGACGCGUAAUACUGAGUCAGGCAAUCAAACAAAAAUUACAAAUAAAACCGAGGGGCCCGCCCGAGGAGUCCACGCCGCAGGAAGAGGACAAGGCUCGUCUUUUGUUAGGCACCAGGCAUCUUCCUGGGGACGCGAGAAAAAAGAGCGUUUUCAAAUUUAAAUAAUUAUACAUCACGCGCCUUAUGUAUUCUAGUAAUUUAUUAUGGCAUGAAUAAACAUUAUGUACAGGCUUUUGUUCGUCUUCGUUGUGUAACAAAUACAUUGUAUAAAUAAAUCUUAUGUAAUAUA